AUGAUGAGCCACUCCUCAGAGACCGAGGAAGAUCUCGCCGCCCUCCCUACCACGGCUGGCAUACCCGAAGAAUCCGACCCCAUGAGCCCCUCCUCAGACGACGCGCCCAAUGCACCACCCCCUCGAAUCGCCGCACGCUUCUACCGCUACAGCAACAGUCGACGUAAAUCCUCCGCCGCUUCCUCCCGCCGCAACUCCAUAUCUUCCAGUCAUUCGCACCUCUCGAACCGUUCGAAUCGCGGCAACUGCCAGAGCAACCAUGUCGCGCAACACCUUCGCCGCACCUCCAUCCUCGAGAAUCGCAAAGCGCGACUCGCAGCCCGAGAAGCGCAUGCGGAGCAAGUCCGGCUGCGGGCAGCGCUGGCGAAAGCGGCGCCCAGGAACUCGAACAGCGAGGAGAGGGCACAGGCCGCAAUGCUAGCACGCGAGAAACACUUGGCGCAGGUUGCUGCGUCAUGUGCGGAAGAGGUGCGGAGAGCGAAGAAAGUAGCGGAGGAGAUGAAGGAGCGGAAGGCGGCCGAAGAGCAGAGGUAUAGACUUGGGAUGGAGGAGAAGAUGGCUGAAGCCGAGCGGAGACGCGCGGAGUACAUGCGGAAUGGGCGGAGGCUGAGAACAGACAGCGUUCCGGCUUCAGAGUCGAAAAAGCCCACAGUCGAGGAUGCUGGUAUGCUCGAUGAGGCAUCAGCAGCUAGACGGAUCCAGCAAGCAUGGCGCACUCGGCGAAGGCGUCGCAUCGUGGAGGACUACCUGGCUUUGGGCCUCUCCAUCGACCGUGUACACGACACGAGUUUCGAAGAGAUUGGGACGCUGCUCCAAGAGGAGAAAGUGGUAUCGACUACUGGGAGGAUCAUGGCGUUUUUCGGCUUGCAAAUGAUAGACGACACCGCCGUUGCGAAGAGAGCAAGCGUGCGGACAUUCCUUAGCGCAUAUCUGAUAUUGGGCCACCCGGCUCAAGUCCUGAGCAAAGACGGCGACCAGGAGCAAGAUCUCAUGAACAAGGCCAAGGAACUGAUGAUCACUUUCGAGUCGGCUUCGUCUAAGCUCUCAGCAUCGAAUCGCUAUCUCCCUACACCCGAGGCAUUGGAGACCAUAUCACUAGUGCACACUGCGUACACCACCGCAUUCGAUGAUUGGAAAGCUCGAGACUCAUCCACGCUCAUUGAAACUAUGGUAGCAUCGUUCGUCAACCUCGACGCAAUAUGGCAGACAGUCAAGGAUGACACUACCGGGAGCGUUGCCGACGACUACCGCGAGGGUAUCCGCAACAACCAGGCCAUCCUUCUUGCCCGGAUACGAAAGCUUGCAGGCCAGGACAGGGCAGCAACGCUAAUUAAGAAAGCCAUUAGGGAAAGCAGGAGGGCGAGACCCAAGCGACGCUCCGCUGCGGAGGUCAGACCGAGGGCUGCAGAAAACUCGGCAGCUUCAAGCCCAGUAGAGGCGACUGAAACCGCAUCUGCCGCUGCAGAGGUUGUCGCACGAUUAGGCAAAGCGCGAGACGUCAAAACUAAGGACCGUGAAUCGAACGCACUGUCGGAGCUCUUUUCCGCUCUACCACCCAACCGCAUCUUGGUGCACGAGCUAGCGAUUGACAAAGAAUACCGGAUAGAAACAUCGCCGCGGUCACACCUCCGGAACGCUGCCAACCGCGCGGUGUGCGAUGGCAUGCGCCACGGCUUCGCGCAAGGCGAAGGUGACAAAUGGACUGUUGCAAUGGCAGACAACAUUCGAUCAAAGCUUCUUCACAUUAUGAAGCCAGGUCACUCGCUGCAUCGUGUCAUUUCGGAGGCCCUGGACCGCGACCACAUCAUGACUCAGUGCCAGCGAGGGAUGUUCUCCUACGAAAAGUUCUUCUCCUUUAUGGCCUCCAUCCUACCAAAACUGUGCGCUCCAUAUCGCGACGAGACGGUCAAAGCACUAGCGGAAGAGCUCGAGCAGCCAGGCAACCUUGAAGAGUCGAUCGAGAAGCUUUUCAAGCUCCUGCACGUUAUCGACCUCAUCCACCUGGAUUACUCCAACUACAUGCUCAAACAAUCAGCCCCCCUCCUAAUCAGAGAAUCCAUCGGUUACGAACACAAAUGCUUCGGCGACGACCUCUUAAGCGGCAAAAUCACCCUCGAGAAAACCAAACGAUGGUGGACCAACGCCGCCGUAAACUGCUUCACCGAAGCCGACCGGCGCGACCCCUGGGACAGACCCAUGGCGGACCACAACCGUCCGACCUCCCAAAAGAUCUACGCCCGCGGCCUCGUCGACCUCGCCACCGCCCCGCCACCCCUCCAGGACUCCGAACUCCCUGAAACGCUCCACCUCGACAAAUCCCGCAUCUCCCGCAUCCGCUUCGAUGCCGUGCGCAUCGCGACCGUAGGCGCGAUCCUCCUGACCGCCAAGAACCUCCUCAAGCGCGACGUGCGAUCCCAGUGGAAGGCCGAAGCGAGCCGCAUGUGGGAGACGCUCAAGGACGGCUAUCUGCGCGACGACGGGACCAUGUCCGCGCGCGUGCUGUCGAUCAUCGAAUCUUCGCACGCCAUGCCCGCGGCCACGAAAGCGCAGCUCGGCUCCACGAUCGCGCGGUUCUUGACGCAGGCGGCUGAUGGGCGCCUUGCGGAUCCGGUGGUGAAAGUGCUGUUUCAGCGCCUGCGAACGCAUGUGUUUGGGCGGGUGGCGGCGAGCACGAGUGGGGAGAGGGUUAGGGCCGCCAGUCAGGCGAGUGAGGGCCUCGCCAGCGCGGGGUUGCCGGAGUUUGUGGCUCAGGUCGGAGAAGUGGUCGAAACUCUUGCGAGGGUUAGUGAGGUUGAUCGGAAGAGUCAUGGGUUGUGGUAUGAGCAGAUUGCGAAGGAGGUCGAGGCGAUGGGCGAUAGGGAGGUGGCGGCUGUGCAAGGGGCUGCGUGA